GAGGAGGUAUGAACUCAGUGGAAGGUUUAGUGACUCAAAUCCAGGGGCUAUCAAGCACUGCCUCUGAUGUUUUAAUGCUGCAAAAUUUGCUUAAACAAGCUAAUGAUUCCCUCCAUGCCGAGUCGACUCGGUUGUUGCCUUUUCUCGACCAACUGGACCCUUCCAAGCACUCUCUCGGUUACCUCUAUUUCCUUGAGGCAUGUACUGCUGGUCCAAUUACAAAAGAGCAAGCUAGUUCAUAUGUGCUAAUCAUUGCUAGGUUUCUCAGUUCAUGUGUUUCCGAGCAAAUUCGGUUGGCUUCUCAUAAGUUUAUAUCUGUUUGUAAGAGGUUCAAGGACCAACUUGUGUUACUCGGAGAGCCCUUGCGUGGGGUUGCUCUGAUGCUGACGGCUAUUCGGAAGUUUCAGUCAUUGACCGAACAUUUGACUGCUUUACACCCGGAGUUUCUUUUGCUUUGUUUGCUUGCAAAGUCCUAUAAGACCGGUCAUUCCGUUCUGGAAGAAGAUAUCUUCGAGGUUGAUCAGCCAAAGGACCUUUUCCUCUAUUGCUAUUAUGGAGGCAUGAUAUGCAUUGGACAAAAGCAUUUUCAGAAAGCAUUGGAGCUUUUACACAAUGUUGUGACCGCUCCUAUGUUUGCCGUCAAUGCUAUAGCCGUUGAAGCUUACAAAAAGUACAUAUUGGUCUCUCUUAUUCUCCAUGGACAGUUUUCUACCAGCCUCCCCAAGUAUUCUUCUUCGGCUGCUCAGAGAAAUUUGAGGAGCUUAUGUCAGCUAUAUUUUGAUAUGGAAAAUAGUUAUAGCAAUGGAAAAAUUGGGGACUUAGAGACAUAUGUACAGUCAAACAAGGAGAGAUUUGAACAUGACAACAAUCUAGGGUUGGUGAAGCAGGUGGUAUCAUCGUUGUAUAAGCAAAAUAUCCAGAGAUUGACCCAGACAUACUUAACUCUCUCCCUUCAGGACAUUGCCAGCACGGUGCAACUGAGUAGCGUUCGAGAGGCGGAAAUGCAUGUUCUUCAAAUGAUUCAAGAUGUUGAGAUAUAUGCAACCAUCAACCAGAAGGAUGGGAUGGUCAGAUUCCUAGAGGAUCCUGAACAAUAUAAGACCAUUGAAAUGAUCGAGCGAAUUGACUCAUCGAUCCAAAGGUUGAUGAUCCUGUCGAAGAAGAUAACACUUACGGAUCCAUCGUAUCUAUCUAAGGGUUGCCGAGAGCGACAGAAGUUCGAUUUUGAUGACUAUGACAGUGUUCCUCAAAGGUUUAACGUAUGAGUGCUGAUUCAUUUGCUGGAAAUUGUUAAAAGAGGUGACGAAUUUUUUUUGUUAAUUAUGUUUCAACUGUACUCUGGAUUUUGGUCUUAUAAUAAGUGAGAUUUUUGAA